AUGAAUUCGGCUAACAUGCAACUGAUUUGUCGCGGUAUCCCGUUUAGGAACGAUCACCUCAUUACCUGAUGGGACCAGAUUGACUUUUUUAACUGGAUCAACUGAGAAAAUACAGUGGACAUUUGAUGAUGAUAUAUCUUUAAACGUCAAAAGAGGGCGAUUUCGGCGGUCUUGGUAUUUCACAAGUAGUGACGGUUCGCAAAGAGAACGACUAAUUACAACAAUAUAUCUUGAUCGUGAACCUCUAAUAUUGAACAGCACUUUACCUGGGAUUGCAAUAGAAAAACCAGCAACAUUGGUUUUAAAAAACAUUGAUCUCAAACAUAAUGGGACUUACCGGUUUAAACUAGUAGUAAGUAGUCCACAGUCUAAACCGGCGGUGACUACAUCUCACGAAGUUGUGGUUUUUAUUGCAGGCAAGUGGUCCACCUUUCAUCAUUAUUAUUUUUCUCCAAAUUCUUCUCUAACUCUUGUGUAUCAACGGUCGACAAACUGUAAUUAAAGUAUUAGCCAACAGCAAAGAGUUUCCUGAGACAAGGUGUAGGCGACGUAUAGUAUUGCUUAAAAUGGAGAUUUUUAUAACUAUAACUAUAACUAUAAUUAUAAUUAUAAUUAUAAUUAUAAUUAUAAUUAUAAUUAUAAUUAUAAUUAUAAUUAUAAUUAUAAUUAUAAUUAUAAUUAUAAUUAUAAUUAUAAUUAUAGUUAUAGUUAUAGUUAUAUAUAGUUAUAGUUAUAGUUAUAGUUAUAGUUAUAGUUAUAGUUAUAGUUAUAGUUAUAGUUAUAAUUAUAAUUAUACAGCAAAUCAACAUAUCGAAUUUAUAAAUAUAUCGAAGAAAGCUAGGUAUCGAGAGACGAGAGCAUUUUAAAAGUUUUUUUUUAUCUGAAUGCAUAGGAUAAUAGCUUUUCUAAAUUUCCUUUAACUAUUUUAAAUUCUCGAACUUAAUUUCAGCAAAUUUACUGUAGAAAAUUUCUUUACCGACUCCGAUCCGGCACGAUCAAAUCUCAAAUAUAGCUAAAUGAAUCAACACCUUUAUGAAAGGAAAAAUUUACAAAAAUUAGACGUGGUUUGCAUUAUUACUGUACAUUAAUUUUAUUUCAGUGAAGCCAACUGUGACAUUGAGUUGUUCCAGUUCUAUCAUCGAAAAUGAAGGUGAUGACUUCACAUGUGUAUGUAGAGGUGAAGGUGGAAACCCUCCAGCCAAUGUAAUUUGGUUUAAAGAUGGCGUCCAGAUUGGUGCAACAGGAAAAGAAGAACAAACAUUGACUGUGAGUAAUGUUGAUGGGACAGAUAGUGGACAAUACAAGUGUAUGGCCCAAAGUCACAUCAAUGCAACCGAUGAAAAAUCAAUCGAAGUAAAAGUGAGACUUAAUUGUAAGUAUAAUUGACACACGGCCAUUAAUACUGGACAAUGUUUCAGCUUCCCACUGCUUUAAAUAGUGAUAAAAUUUUAAAUUGGGAAUCUAAUCUCAUGAUAACCUUGCCUAAAUGCCCUUACUCGUCAGGAAUGCACCAGAUAUCAUAUCCGGCCAGAUAGCUAGUGAGAUAAUUUCAUCACGUAUUCGGCUGGAUCGACCCCGGACAUUGUUUACAUAUUAAAGGUUCGGGCCUUCUUUUCCGUUGGAAAAAGUAUUGUUUCAGUUCAUUAACGCAUUUCCGCCCAAAAUAUAAAGUUUUACAUUUACAUUAUCUUUUUAAAAUGUAUUACUAACAAAGACGUUUUGUUUCUUCACAGUUAAGCCUAACAAGACAAUCAUUACGUUACCAGACACAGCUGUAGUUGGUAAAAAAGUUAUCAUAACGUGUGAAUCUGAUGGUCUUCCGGAACCAAGUUAUACCAUAAUUCAUAAUGGAACUGAGGUCAGCAGUAAAAAGACGCACACCAUAUCUGAAGUGAAACGGAGUGAUGCUGGGUUAUAUCAAUGUGUUGCAGCGAAUAAACUUGGCAGUAAUUCAAAGAGCCAUUGUUUGGCCGUCGUAGGUGAGAUUUAAGUAUGAUAACCCACUAUUAUUCAUUCAAAGUAACCAGGGACGUAGCAACUGGGGGGGGUAUGUUUGGGGAUGCAAAUCCACCCAACUGUGAACCUCAGGCAAAAAUCAGGUAAAUUCAAGUUAAAAUUUUGACAUUUUCAGGUAACAUUUGCGUAAUAAAGUCAUUAUUUUUGUGAAAUGAUAACCAUUUUUGAAAAUUCAGUCAAUUUACAUCCAAGUCGUUCGCGAAUUUGCUUUAGAAAACUGGCAGAAAUGCAGUCCUAGAGCUUCAAAAAUGUAAAAACAAAAAGCUUUAUUAUAAUUAUUAGACUUCAGGUAAAUUUUCAGUAACAUUGAAGUUCAAAUUUCAGGUGAAAUCCUCCGACACCCCCAACUUCAGAUUCUUCGCUACGUCCCUGAAAGUAACCAACUAUUUCAAAACCAAAAUGUUAACAUUUAAUGAUCUUCUUUUAACCGUGACCUAGAUCUAUAGGCACUUGCUCAUAUCGUAUCAAAAUGCACAAAUCAAAAUGCACAAAAAUGUCAUGGUAUCUUUCCAUUUUUUUGCAUCCAUUUAAAAGUUUUGGCUUUUCAACUAAUUUUUAACUCGUGCAUUUCCCAAACCUGCCUGUUUAGGAGAGCCUGCAGCUUGUAAGAAGUUGGAUUGUGAGAGCAGCGCAGAAACUGUUGUAGUAGUAUGGCAUAUUGUUGUGACUUUGGUGUCUGGAAUUAUCAUUGGUAUUCUCUUUUCCUACAUUGUCUGGUCUUCUCAUCGUCGUUGGUUUAGAAGCAGAAAGCCAGAACGAAACCCUGAAACAAACACAACUGCAGCUGAUACAACUUAUCAAGAGCUUAAUCUUACACAAAUGAACAAAGAAGAUAAUUAUCAAUCGUUGAGAUUGAAUAUUGCAAGUAAUGACGAGGAAUCAACAUAUACUGAGUUGAACAAAACCAGAGACGAAGAAAACUACUAG